GCUGACCUUUACCAACUCAAUGACAGGUGUAAGAAAAAUCCAGGUCACAAGAACUUUAUACCUGUUGACAGGUUCUGUAUAGAAGAUCUCCCCGAGGAUUACCGAGACAAAAAUGUUGUAGAUUUUAUCCGUUUAGUGUCCGACCUGACAGUUCGGGUGACAGUCAACUAUGUCAGUGACAAGAGACCAGAAUUGGCUCCUGGUGGUAUCAGAAAUUAUCCAGGAUACAAUGUCAGGGGCAAGCGGAGGAUCACUGUAGGAACAGGUAUAGUGGCACAUGUCAGCAACUCUGCCAACGAAACUUGUAAAUGUAAGGAUUGUAUAAACUCUACUACCCCUGAGACAAACUUUGCCAAAAUAUUUAUUAGGACAGCAACCCAUGUUGUCUUUGACAAACUUGAGGCGGAGCACACAACAUGUAAUUUGUUCUUUGAUCGAGGAAGUAGACCGAACGAAUGUAGCGGUGUUGUUGCACUCACUGGUAACUUUGAUGCGGUGUUCAAUAAUAUCGACAAAGACACAUGUCAGAUUAGUUACAUGACUCAUCACCUGGAACUGGCUGACAGACUUCGCCAAAUGUUGAGUCAGGUGGCCAUUCUAGGAAAAACUGUUUUUGCUAAAAUACCUAGUCAUUAUAAAUUCAAGCUAAAGCCAAAUGCUAUGGACAGGUAUCCAUUGAUGUGUAUAGUGUCCCACCCUCACGGGUGCAGCAAACAGAUCAGCUUAGGUCGCUGGACCAGUGCUGACAAGUUGAACAAUCACAUCCUCUCCUACCACUACACCGCAGCCACAUGUCCUGGGUCCAGUGGGGCUCACAUUCAAGUCCUGCACAGAUUCGCAAAUCAGCUUGAUGAGCCAAUGUCUGAAGAAGCUCAUUGUGGUGCAUCUGUUGUGAAACCUGGCAUCAAUUAUUGUAACACUUGUGUAGGUCAGUACAUUUUUUCUACACGUUUGUGUUAG